AUGUCUAACCCUAAACCUCAAGGAGGGAAUGGUUGUGGUUCUUCUUUGGCUUGGCCUACUUGUGCUAAGUGUGGGAAGAAACAUGAUGGUAAGUGCCUAGCCGACACCAAUGGAUGCUUUAGUUGCGGGAAGAGUGGACACAAAAUGAGAGAUCACCCCAUGCUUGCGGCUAAAGGGAGAGAGGGAAAGCAAGCUCCUCCUAGAUGUUCGAAUGCCAAUGUUCCAAAACAAAACCAAUUUUAUGCUCUCCAAACCCGAGGUGACCAAGAGAGCUCCCCGAAUGUAUUGACCAAUGAAGAAAAUGAAGAGUUGGUUCGUGAUGUUCAUAGGUUAGUCCGACUAGGUGUUCAACUGGUGGAUUCCACCAAGGGUGGUGUCAUGGUCCAUAAUGGUUUCAAAUCGUCUUUAGUGUUGGAUUUGAAGUCUAAGCAAGGUCUUGAUCCUGUUUUGGUUGAAUUGAAAGAAGCGAUGCUUAAGAAGUCCGUUGAGGACUUAUCCCAAGGGGAGAUGGAGUGCUUAGGUAUCAAGGAAGUUUAUUGGUGCAAUGAGAUGAUGAAAUAUAUUGCGGAAUUUGUGGUCAAGUGUCCUAACUAUCAACAAGUAAAGGUUGAGCACCAAAGGCCGGGAGGUUUGUCCCAAGACAUUGCCAUUACUACUUGGAAGUGGGAAGAUUUGAACAUGAACUUUAUAGUUGGUUUGCUUCGCACCCAGCGACAAUAUGACUCUAUAUGGGUGAUAGUAGAUCGGAUGACGAAAUUGGCUUAUUUCCUUCCCGUGAAGGUUUCUUAUUCAGUGGAAUACUAUGCUAAGAUGUACUUGAGAGAGAUGGAAAAAUUGCAUGGUGUGCAUUUGUCUAUCAUUUCCGAUCAUGUGCCCGGUGUCUCGUCAGCCUUGGCUCCAUUAGAGCUUGCCAUAGAAAUUUCCCUCAAGGAGGCCUGA